CUGGCGAUGACAGCGGAAUUUGAAUGGUUUGGCUAGAACCUAGCCCAUGUCAUGCUUCUCAGCCUAAGUCACCGUUCAAUUUUUAUCGGGUGUCAUUACUGGUGUAAUACAGCUCGCAAUUUCUGACCACAAAAUAUCUGCCCAUUGCUUAUUACUACCUUGGCUGUAGCCAAACAGGCUGGCGAUGGUCCUGCCACUGUCUUGGCGUCAGCCCGGGGGCUGGCUGCAGCCCCUGCUCAUCCUCUCGGCCAUGGCCUGGCUCUAUGCAUGGCGUCUGCGUGACAAGUGCCGCCGCAUCAAGGCGCUGGAGGGCAAGGUGGUGGUGCUGACUGGCGCCAGCUCGGGACUGGGCGAGGCGCUGGCGCACCGACUGUACGCCGCCGGCUGCCGGCUCAUCAUCAUGGCCAGGAGCGUCGACCAGCUGGACAGGGUGCGCCAAGACGUCAUGCUCGCCCACCAGCGGGAGCUGGUGUACCCGCCGGUGGUGCUGCCGCUGGACCUGUCCGACUCGGACGGCGUGAAGGCGGCCGUCGGCAAGGCUCUGCGCGUGUUUGGCCGUGUGGAUGUGCUCAUCAACAACGCCGGCGUCAGCUAUAGGGGAGAGGCGCUGCACACCGAGCUUGAGGUGGACGCUCGCCUGAUGCAGGUCAACUACCUCGGCCAGCUGGCUGCCAUCAAGACAGUGCUGCCCUCUAUGGUGGAGCAGCGCAGCGGUCAGAUCGUGUGCGUCAGUUCGGUCCAGGGACGCCUCGCGCUGCCCUACAGGUCGGCGUACGCCGCCUCCAAGCACGCGCUGCAGGCGUUCUGCGACUGUCUGCGCGCCGAGGUGGCCGACCACAACGUGCACGUGACGGUGGUGUCGCCUGGUUACAUCCGCACCAGCCUGUCACUCAACGCGCUGACCGGCAGCGGCGCUGCCCACGGCAAGCUGGACGCCACGACGGCACUGCUGGCGCCGCUGCGCGACCGGCUGGCCGUGCUGCUGCGCGCUCUGCUGCCGUCCGUCUUCUUCCUGCUAAUGCGGCUGCGAGCCCGGGCCGGCACCGGCAGACCCAGCUGAUGACUGACAGACGGACCGGGCUCACCUGGCCUGUGUCGCUCAGUCCAGCAGGCGGCUACCGCGGGUCAGAACAGUCAGCAAGCGUUUACCCACUUCAGGGCGGUCAGGAGGCGGUUACCCCGGGUCAGGGCGGUCAG